AUGUCGAAAAAACCUACUACUGGGCCUGCCUUGCAUAAAGUGAUUAUGGUGGGUAGCGGCGGAGUCGGGAAAUCCGCGCUAACGCUGCAGUUCAUGUACGACGAGUUUGUGGAGGACUACGAGCCUACGAAAGCAGACAGCUACCGUAAAAAGGUUGUCUUGGACGGUGAAGAGGUCCAAAUCGACAUCCUGGAUACGGCGGGCCAAGAGGACUAUGCCGCGAUCCGGGACAACUAUUUUCGCAGUGGGGAAGGAUUCCUUUGCGUGUUUUCCAUAACCGAAGACGAUAGCUUUCAAGCCACUCAGGAAUUCCGGGAACAAAUAUUACGUGUCAAGAACGAUGAGAACAUACCCUUCCUGUUGGUUGGGAAUAAAUGCGAUUUGAAUGACAAAAGAAAGGUACCACUAGCUGAAUGCCAGUCCCGUGCCCAGCAGUGGGGUGUGCCAUACGUCGAAACAUCGGCUAAAACACGCGAAAACGUCGACAAGAUCUUUUACGAUCUCAUUCGAGACAUCUCGAACAGAAAGAAAAUCAGCCAAAACACGACCCCGCAGCCCAAUCGGAACAAGAAGGGCUGUUGUCGGAUACUCUGAGUAUGAAGUUUCAUACUCAACGCUGAACCUCUCGUCCACACCGACCUGCCACUCAUCGUGUAAACUAAAAUGAUAUUAAAAUCAGGGCGAGUGUAAAACUGCAAGGUUUCACUCGGAAAAGCGAGAAGGUAUCAUGUAAACGGAACCAAACUAAUGUAAGAUUACUAAUGUAUGCUGUUCUGCAGUAAGCUGAAAAUUAAUGUUCGGGUGUAUCGACACACCCUUUGCAGAGCAAUUUUUGAUGGGCCAUUAAUACGGAGAUGGUACAGUACAUUCGCAGACCUCAUAAAUUUUGCUGAAGUUAAAACUGACGAACGGUACCAAGUUGACAGGAUCGAACCAAUAAAUCCAAACUCGUCGGACAGAAUAGUUAGUUUAAGGCUGGACAGUUGAAUUUAUUUACUGACCAAUUUUAUGUAAAAAAGGAGUUAUGGUGCAAAGAUACUUAGGUAUUAGUCUCGUUUCCAUUCGAUUAUAAUCUCACGCCAGCGCUGUAUUUUGUUCACAUUUCGAUCUUUUCCUCAAUUUUCUUUUACUAUUCCAAAAACGUAACAAGCUAAAGAAUGUGCUUGUUUUCGCUUACGUUAGACAAUAUAUGUGCUCGCGGGAGGGAAAUACAUCAAUGUUAUUUGUUUGAGUGUAAGAUCAGAGUAAUCGUAAUUAACACGUGUCGGGUAUGUUCGAGAAAUUAAUGGAAAUUAUUUUAUCAGCAAUCAGUAUAUAUGUGUUGCUCUAAGAAAAACCAAUAUCAAGGCAAGAAUAAAUAAAACUCUGAAUGGAUGA